AUGCUGUUUAUGAAAACGGUACCAGGUCUAGCUGAAACCCGUUGUCUAUCAUGCGAUUUCUCUUCAGCGAACAUGAGUGGGGACAAUAUGCCGCAGUUAGGGGGCAUCCAAGUGGUGAAGGUCUCACAAGAGCCAGGACGCCGCUACGAGCUGGAUGAGGAGUCGCUAGCGAGGGUACUGCUUCGGCCCGACGUGCGCAACCUGCCUGUCGUCGUCGUUAGCGUCGCCGGCUCCUACCGUGGUGGAAAGUCUUUCAUCCUCGACUUUUUCCUGAGAUACCUAAAAGCUCCGCGUGAUAGCCAAUUGUCUACACAAUGGCUAGGCGAAGAGGACGCUGUUUUGGAGGGAUUCGACUGGCGUGGCGGUGGGGAAAGUCAUACUAAGGGUAUCCACCUGUGGCCAGAACCAAUUAUUGUUACAAUCGAAGGAACUGGAGAAAAGGUCGCAGUGCUUCUGAUGGACACUCAAGGAACGUUCGACACAGAGAGUGACAUGGGGGAUAACUCCACUAUCUUUGCGCUGUCUGUACUUCUGUCAUCCGUGCAAGUUUACAACCUACGAGCCAACAUCGGAGAAGACGAUCUCCAACAUUUGCAGCUCUUCACGGAGUACGGAAGGUUAGCCAGCACCGCAGAGGACAAACCAUUCCAAACAUUGCUGUUUUUCAUCAGAGAUUGGAUGAGUGCUUACGAACAUAAAUACGGCUAUGUUGGCGGUGAAGCGCUGAUGAAGAAAAAGCUAGCGCCUAAACCUACUCAAAAGAAACAGCUACGAGAAGUGCGUGAGCACAUCCACUCUUGUUUUGAAAAGCUACAAUGCUUUUUGAUGCCGCAUCCAGGACUCGUUGUCGCUGAUGAAAAGUUCAGAGGACGACUCUGUGAUAUUACUGAACAAUUCAGGGUGUCACUUUUGGAACUAGUACCAUCAUUACUCGACCCAAAUAACUUAACUCCGAAGAUCAUUAACGGAGAGAAGGUACAAGCGCAGGGAUUGCUCGAGUUCUUUAAGCGUUACGUAGAAAUUUUUAAUAGUGAUGAUUUGCCGGAGGCUACCACCAUUUUUCAGGCAACAGCAGACGCCUGUAUGAUGUCGGCUCUUCGAGAAGCGCGCGAAUGCUACGAGACCAAGAUGGACAGAUACAUUCAUGAGGACCAGAGCGUAACGACGAGCAUGAUGCAUAACUGGCACAGUGCUGCCAUCGCAGCUGCAGUCGCUCUUUUCGAGGGGAAGAAAAAGCUCGGUUCUCAGGAUAAUGUUGCUGCACAUUUAGAAGAUCUUAGAAAGGAGUUAGGUGCUCGUCUGUCGCUAUACCUGUGGCAGAAUGACGCCAAACUGAGGGACGCGCUAUCGGACGCUAAGAAGAAGUAUGAGGAGACUGUGAGUGCUGUGUGCCAGGAACAGACUCGCCUCUGUCUACACAAGCAGGAUCUAAGGAAACUUCAUAAUCAGGCGGUAGAAGUCGCGCUCGCCGUCUUUGACCGUACGAGGACACGGGUGCCGCACGAUCUGGAUUCUGAAAGGAAAGAUUUCAUUCAGAACUUGGAGAGGUCGUACGAACACUUAUGUAUUGUAAGCGAGCAGAAUAACAGGACUGCAAUACUGGAAUCUCGCGAUAUUUAUCAGACGCAUAUGAAAUACGCGGGUGACCAAAAAGGUGUCAGCUCAGACGAACUCAAGAGACAGCAUACUAUGGGUUCGGAUAAAGCGAUCAACCACUUCCACUCGCUUCGAAACAGACGUACCGAGGAGGCGCACGACCCUGACGAAGAGCGACUUUUAGAGGACAUCCAGAAAUAUUUCGAGGACUUCGAAAAGACAAACUUACACAAUAACUUAUUGGCGAUGCAAGUAGCAGAAUAUACGUAUAACAACUGUGUGUUUUCUGCGUGGGGUCCCCAGUCUUGUUGCUUCCACCCAAACGCGCUAGAGGAACUACACAAAGACGCAUUUGAUCGCGCACUCCAGCAGUUCCUCAAGGACAGGGUCGAAAGCGAUCAGGACGAUUACAAAGAUAAACUGAUUGCGAAUCUUAAGAAUCGUUACGAGGAUCUUCAGAAAAUCAAUGAUUUCAACAAUAAUCAGGCUGUUGACCACUCGUUCGGCGAGUACACGAGGCGUAUGGAUAAACACAGCCAGCCAGGACUUAGCUCCAUCCUUAUUGUACCUUUCGUCAUCAAGAUGCACAUGUUAAUGCCGAAGUAUCACGAGAAAGCCAAGACAGCAGCCCUGAGUAUGUUUAUUGAGAAACGUCGUGGUCGUUCUUAUCAAGAUGAUCGUUAUUUAGACGGUCUCAAAACGAAAAUGAACGAAGCAUAUGAACAAUACACCCAACCGCUCCAGGCCCUUAUCCGAGAAUUAGGGCUCCAGCACUUGUUACUUUCUGAUCUUCAUCAGAACACAUAG